CGCUAGCUUUGUAGUUAGGCAGACACAGCAAAGUCAUCCAAUCACAAAAAAAUCUGAAAGGGGAUUUUUGCUGUAUCUUGGCUCAGAUGGUGGUUUUCAACACCGGUUAGUUGGUCCAGAUGUCUGAGGACCAGCGGCACCAGCGGGCUGAAGCCUCGCAGCAGGCUAAGGGUGGUCUGGAGGCAGUGGAGGGUGACACAGAGCCCAGCAUGCUGCUGCAGAAACUAAAGAGCAAUAUCUCUAAAAAUGUUCAGACCAAAGUGGAUCAGAUCCUGCAAGAUGUUCAGCGUUUCUCUGACAAUGACAAGCUGUACCUGUACCUCCAGCUGCCCCCUGGACCCAGCUCUGGGGACAAAAGUGGUGGGGACUCCAGCUCGUUCAACACAGCUGAUCAGCUUCACACCUGUAACUGGAUCCGCAGCCACCUGGAGGAGCACUCAGACACCUGUCUGCCCAAACAAGACGUCUACGAGACCUAUAAGAGAUACUGUGAGAAUCUGCAGCAUCGUCCUCUGAGUGCUGCCAACUUUGGGAAAAUCAUCAGAGACAUUUUCCCAAACAUCAAGGCGAGACGUCUCGGGGGCAGAGGACAGUCGAAGUAUUGCUACAGCGGCAUCAGGAGGAAAACGGUUCUCAACAUGCCUCUUCUGCCCAACCUGGACCUCAAGAAUGACCCGUCGGAGCUGACUGAGCUGGUCCAGACCUACAAACAGGAAGUGACAGAAGCGGCGUGUGAGCUGAUCUGUGAUUGGGCGCAGAAGAUCUUGAAGCGAUCCUUUGAUACGGUGGUGGAGAUCGCUCGCUACCUGAUCCAGGAGCAUAUUGUCAACCCUCGCUGCAGCCAGGCUGAGCUGGUGACCUCCGCAGCACUCGCAGGUGGUCCAGCUAAAACCUACAAGGUCAUCAAGAAAACUCCUGUGAUUUCUAAAGCUGAUGGGGACGGAGCUGGAGAUUCAAAGAAGGAUCCGGGAGACUCCUCAUCCUCACAGAAGCUUCCUUCUGGAGAUCAGUCAGCAGCAGCGACCAAGCAUUCUACCAUGGAUGCCCCCCCUCCUUCCUCUACCUCUUCCUCGUCUCUGCGUCCAGCAGUGGAGGCUCGCAUAAAGCAGUUACCCAGAAUCCUCCCUCGCAGCUCCAUCCCUGAUAAGAGCCUCUCUGUUCGCUCCUCUUUGCCCUCGCAGGCUCCCAAAGAGGCCUCUGGGGUGGGAGGGCCACCUGGACAUGCAAGCUCUGCUGCCGCUGCUGCUGCAGCCAGUAGUGGUGGGGUGAAGGUUAUUGCCAUGGCAACGCUGCCCCAGCAGCAGGGCGGGCCUGUUCCUGUGAUGAUCCUUCCUCAGGGCUGUUUGUCCUUUGAGAGGGACAAUGUUGCUCCUCCUCCUCUUCCUCCUCAGCAGCAGCAGCAGCACCCUCUGGCUGCUUCCACCUCUGUGGUCCAGAAGGCACGAGUGACCAGCACUAAACGCCCUCUGGGGGGGGAAGUGUUGGGUGGGACUGCUGCUGGUGAUUCUGCUGUCAGCCCCUCUCCUGUCAAACGAAAACGUGGACGACCAAGAAAACCCCGUCCUGAAGACUCAUUUCCUAGUGCUCUUCCUCCUUCUCCUUCUCUGCCUCUAUCUCAGCCUCCAGUCAUCACCUCCCUGACUGGGGGCGUCAUCCAAAAGGCUUCCUCCUCUUCGUCGUCCUCGCAGCCUUUGGUGGAGCUGGUGAUCCAGGACCCACCGGGGCUGGUCCUGAGUCAGCUGCCUGUGGCGUCGGACCCAACCCAUCGGCUGAUGGAGCACCGCGGGGUGGUGGUACAGUGCCAAGCGAGCAGAGCGGCUGAACCGGAUCACCACAGUCGGUCGCUGCUGGUGUUCCAGAGUCCCGGGAACCCCAGCUGGGAGCUGGCCACGUCGGGCCGGACCCCGAUGGUGGAGGUGAUCCAGAAAGCUCCGAGCAAUAACAACAGCAGCUCUGCUCCUCCUCACCUCCCCCAGAACACGCUUCCCCUGCCCAUGCCGCUGGAGGGGAAAGGAGAGGUGGAGAUAACGUUGGUCCCAGUGGAGCCAAAUGUCAGUCUGCCGCCACCCUCCUCCCCCUCCUUCACAGUGAAAGUUGAGGAGGAGGUGGAAGAAGGAGAACGCGGCACCUCCUGAGAGAUCGAAGGACUUUAGCUGCCAUCAGCCGCCUUUUUGUUUUAUUCUUUACCUCAUCUGCUUAAAACUUGCCCCUUGCACCUCUCCUCCUUAUCGGUGGAAAUCCCAGAUUGGCUGCUGCCGAGAGCCAAUCAAGCAGGAUAAAUGAAGCCAAAAUAUCCACACGCUGUCCUUCCAUUGGCUCCAGAGCACUCUGAAACGGUGAUUCUUCUGUGUCCACUCCUCCUGCCUCACUCAUUCUUUUACUCGCAACAUUUUCUGUGCUGAGAGUUGUUUGUUUGUGGCAGAAGUUCCCUUAAAAAGGGUAAACGAGACAGGAAUCACGAACAGGAGGCGGUAAAUAGCCAGGCCCCUGACGGAGUCGGCAGAGACAGCAGGUACGUACGGGUCAGAGCCUUGAAAAAGUUCUCUCUGCUUAAAAACGAGCUGGGGAUCGUUUGAGAAUGCACCCCAAAGCUGAGCUGCAGGAAUCCUUCAUAAAGUUUAGCUACUAGACGUUUAUGGAGGCUGGAAUAAUGUCCGGUUAUAGGGGCUGGAUGUGAAUCGCAGCUCAGUUCCUCUGUUUUAAACAGUUUUGUACUUUUAUGGCGUGUAAUUUCAGUGAGUUUGAGGGAAAUUAAAAAUAUUACAAAUAUUGCUUAAAAUAAUAUAUUGUGUAAAUUUUUAUCAGACAUUUUUAAAAGAAACUAAUUGUUUGAAAAUAUUUGUUAAAAAACGGCACCUGGCCAGCGGAAAACAGUCUGAAAAAGUUCUGUUUCAAAUCAAACUGCUUGAUGAACUAGGAUAGAAAUAGUAAAAAUAGUAAAAAAUGUAUUUCUAUUGCCAGACUCACACCUGUGUCAAAGAUCCUGACCUAAAGUUUAUUGGAGAUUUCCAUCUCAGACGCCGCUUUGAUCAUGUCCGACUGUUAACUACGACGCUGCGACCUGCAGUUUCUUUACAGAACAGCACAAAAACCAGGAGGACAUUACAUGAUAACACCUGAAAGCGGUGUUGCUAUGUGACAGUGUUGUGAAACGGACUCACUCGCAGCAGCUGAACGUUCUCAGUUUAGAAAAAAACACAAAACUGAACACGAGAUCCACCGAACAUUUUCUAAAUCCUGCGUUAAAAGCUCGGUUUUCCACCAAAACACCAAACUUUCACACUCAGCAGAACCUGCUGAGAUGCAGAUAGGUGAAAAUGUGAAGUGCAGCUUUUGAGAUUUAAAAACAAACAAACUUAGUGGAGUUUAAUUGGUCUGAAACUGCUUCAGCGUAGGCACCGGAGAGCAAAGCACAAAGAUUUCUGCUACGUAGCGCUGAUAUGUUAAGAUACAGUACAAAUCAUUAAUAAAUGGGUGCUAUUAGCUUCUGUAGCACUAAGGAUGUAGACUGCGUGAAUAUCCAGUUAGUCUGCUUGGCUGUGUGUCGCCACGCGCCUUUUGCACGUUUCUCUGCCACCUCUUAGCAGGCCGUGUUUGUCUCACACUUCCUGCCAUGGCUUGCUCAACGGAGGCCACCUCUCUGCCUUACUCUGAUGCUACUUUGCAGAUAAUUCAACCAGAUCUUCGGUCUAAGCUCAAAGGUAGUGACUCAGGAAGAAGGAAAACACAAGAAAAGACAGAAAGUUUAACUUAUCUGUUGUUAAACAGAAUUUUUCUUUUGAAGUUUUACAUGAAACAAUCAAAAACAACCUUCCUGUUUCCCAUUUGGUUGUAUCUAGAUUUUUUAACCUCUGCCAAAAGGCCUCUCGCUUACGAGAGGAUAUCUUCUUCAUCGUUGGUGCUACACAACAGAGGGCUCGACAUUCAUGUCUGUCCUUUAUCGUUUUCCAUUCUGUGAUCACAGAAUUGUAUAAAAAACCCUGUUUGUGAACUGGUGUGUGAAUGCAGCGGAGUGUGUGUUUCUCUUGAUUCUGUCUAAACGAAGAGCUCCAGGUCAGUUAAAGGGACCAAGAACAUUUCAGACUGUUCAAAUAUUUCCUUUUGCAUCACCAAAUAAAUAAAUAAAUAAAAAAAAAGCGAGUUUGCAUUUUAGAUGCAACAGAACUUUCUGAUUUAGAAAAUCCAAAAGUCCCUUAAAUGUCUGAGCUGCAGCUCUUCCUCACACAGAACUGGAACUAAUGUUGCACUGUUGAAAGCUGAAGAGUCUGUAUGUUAUGAAUUUAUCGUAUCAAGAAAACACAUUGUUGAGUAUUUAUGAGUAUAUUAAAAUUCUGCUUUACGCUUGCGCUCUGCUACAAGCCGACAGCUGCCGGCUCUAUUUUUAUUGCAGAAUAACAAAAAAAAUCAGAGUAAUAAUCCUCAUUUAAACUCAGAAUUAAACUGCAGAAAUAAAAAAAUACACUCUGAUAUUAAAAGGUUUCAGUACCUAGCGGAGAAGAUGAGCAACUUUGCACUUUCUGGGGUUUGGUUGCAACAAGAUGUUUAUAGGAGAUAUUAAAAAGACUGAAUUACCGGAUAAACCAGUUUUUAUUCUGGACUAAUAAUUUAACUAAAACUUGAUGGUUUCAACUCAGAAUCUGAUUAAUAACAUUAAGGUCUAAGGCCACGUUCACAAGAUAAGUUUAAAACAGAAAUUUUGGAAUUUGUUGGUCUUGAUUUCAAGAUGUAUAUAAAAAAGAGUUGAAAGCAAAUCUUAUAGGCAUGUGUCUAGAAUUUCUAAUCCAAGAAGGACUAACAGUGAUCACACCAAUUAAAAUGAUAGAUUAUUCCUGCCUAUUGUUAAUUUUUCUCACAAAUGAAACUUAAAGACACGUUCAAAUUCUCAGUUUUUAUUGCAAUGAGGUGAACUGUUUUCACCAAAACCCUGAAACGGACGACUUUAAUCCCAAAGUGAAAUGUUGCUUCUGUGAAAGUCCGAUUGAAACCUGAGGCUAUGCAGCAGCCGUUUCCCUUUGCAGGACCCGAAUGGGCUAAUCAAGUCGAACUGGAAAAUCUGACAGAAAUGUCACAGAGAUAAAGGAAAGGAAAGUUGGGCGCCACAAGUUCUGAUGUUAAAAACUGUUCAAACGUUCAGUUUUUUUUGACUGACAAGUACGGUUACCAUUAGUUGUUGAGAUGUUUUGAUGAAAUGCCAAAGACGAGCUGCAAGCUAUUACUUUAGACCAAAACAACAUCUGAUUAAUAGAUCAUUAAGACAAAUUUAUUGUGAGCAACUGAAGAUAUAAUAGAGUUUUAGGUUUUUUAAGGGCUAUAGUUUGUUUAGACUGAAGCUUGGACUCCUGGGUCUUUAAACAUCUUUAAACACCUAAAAGUCUUUUUUUUUUUGUGGGAACAUUUGAACACUUGGGGAAUAUGUUAAACAUUAAAACAAAUAAAUUACCAUCUGCCAAUUCAGAAUAGUUAAUAAACCUGAGAUUUGAAUGUUAUGGAAAGGAAACAUUAGUGUUAACACCAUCGGGGGAAUGCUCGAGUGUGAAAAUAUUAGUGAUCAAAAUUAUUACAGAACCUCUUCUUCACAAUAUGUAUUUUACAAACUGCCGGUAGGAGAUGGGUUUGAGUCCAUCUGCAACCUGAAAAGGUCCAUCUGGGUCUUCUUUCAAAACACCGGCCCAUAUCACUAUCACCCUGCACCGUGUUGGUGUCUGGGACAAGCUGAAGCUCUCUGCCCUUUUGUGAUCCAUUCAUGGGUCCAACCAUCCACCUGGUCCAUCAUCUUCAGACCCUUCUUGACCCCGUCUUGACGUUUACAUUGUUUACAUGUCUUUUUCGAUGGCGUUCAGGUUUUGUCUGUCCCUACCUUGGCCACGUCUCUGAGCCUGGACAAUGAUAACACCAGAGGAUGACGGGUUCCUGUUUGGUUCAUGCUGUUGCAACGAAAUGCUUGAUGGUAGAAGAAUCACUCCUACGUAUCUUGGCAAUUUGGAACAUGUCCCCCCCCCCCCCGAAUGACUGAUUCAUCUCGUUUUUGGCCCAUUUUGCCUUUAGGGAAAAAAUAAGCAUCCUAAUAAUUAUGUACACCUUGACGUAAACAUCAAGUUUAGCUUGCACAGUAGCCUUGGAGUGUACCAGUGAGAACUAGGUUGUUCGGUUUACUCUCGUGAAUUUUACGAAGUUUAAACAUUUAAACCAACUUCUGAAAGAAGGACAGACUUAAAAUUGCUUUAGUUUGGCCCAGUUUGGCCCUGCUUUGGGAAACAAGGUUUAAAAGUAGAGUUGGUGGCAGUUAAACUUUCACUGUGGAGCCACGUUGCUCAAGCAACAAACCAGAAACGGGUCAGAUAAGCAAAGAAAAUAAAAUCGGGAUUCGGGUAGUGGUUCGUUGACGCUGGAGGAUCAGAUUUAAUCAAACAACACGCUCGGAUGUCACUUCCUGUUUGUGAUCUGUUAAACAGAUGCUGGAGUUUUUACUAAUUGUGUAAGCAAAAAAAAUAAUUUGCUAGACAGUAUUUAUUGUGGAGAGAAAAGGAACUUUAUAUAUUAUUUGCUCACUUGCUGUUGAAGCAUCUCAAAAUUAGACCAAUCAGAUGUCUUAUUAGGUUGCUUGGAAUGUUCCAUUUGCUUGAGGAGCUGAACUAGAGCUGAGUUGAUUUGUCUAGAUCAGCAGUGAUUUAAGCUAGAACAAAUUCAACAACAUAUUUUUAGAAAUCUAAUCUCUGAUUAAAACUGUAAAUGAUUGCAAAUUUAAAAAGGGAAAAAUGGAAACCAAAUUUAAAGCCAGUUUGAAUCUUCAUGGUUCAAAACUGAAGGUGAUGAGAUGAUGAGAUGUUCGUUUGUACGAGCUGAUCCUGGUCAACCCUGCAGGUCGUGUAAUGAUGGCGAACUCUCAUUCUGAUGUACUGUCAGAAACUCACUAGGAUUGCAGAAUCCAUCCUGAGUGGGGUCCACGACAUCAGACAGCUUCUUAGAGGCGUUCUUUUUUAUUCAUCAGUGUUUUCUAAAAUUUCCUGUUCAUUAUUUUGUCUUUUUAUUCUGCUUAUUGCUGUGUCUUUUUGCAGUUUCAUACAGUUGUACAGCUCGUUAAAGUGCAGUUUUUCCUUCUUACUGAGCAUCGUUUAAAAUUUCAUUUCAUUUGUAGAAGACACUGCCAGCUUCUUGCAUGGUUUUCUGUGGCUGUUUGUCAGUUUUUUUUCCCUUCUCUAAAUGUUUGUUUUUAUCUGUAACCUGCUGGCUUUGUUUUGUUAUUUUGCACUUUAAUUCUCAAGUUGGAGGUGAUAAAUGUGAGUGAAAUGCACAUGUACUUUGCCCCGUUGAUUUUUUUUUCUUUUUUAAAUGAAAAAGUGUGAUGGUUGAGAAAAGUCAGAACAUUAAUGUGAGUCUAUUUUCCUACGUUCAGGGAAUAAAGAACGCAGAGUUGA